GAGAGAGAGAGAGAGCUAUUACUCUUUUACACGAAAGUAGAUAUCUAGAAAUAAGAAACAGUUUUUUUAACACGAUUCUUGGCAUGUAUUCAGUUCAUGAGUAGCAUUGAAACACGGAAUAUUUUGCGCAUGAAAAUAAAGUGACGUUAGAGUCUUUUACAAUGUCCAGUAAUUCACCCGAAGUAAAACCAAAGAGAAAGGCAAUAAGUUUAGAUACCAAAAUCAAAGUUUUAAACUUACUUGCCUUGGGAAAACGUGCCACAGCGGUUGGAAGACAUUUUGGCAUUUCUGAAGCUACCGUACGAACGAUAAAGAAAAAGGAGAGUGCAAUCAGACGAUCGGUACGUUUCGGAACAGAAGAAAGUGUUAAAACCACGUUGCACACCAGGAACAGUGCCAAAGAAAAGAUGGAAAAGAUAUUGGUAAUGUGCAUUGAAAAGAUGGUGCAACAAGGAAAGCCCGUAAAAUCAGGAAUCAUCAAGAAAACAGCCAUUGACAUAUACAAUCGUCUGAAUGAAGCUGAGGCAGACAAUCCCACCCACUCGAAAAAUUGUGUAUUUGCGGCCAGUAAUGGCUGGCUAAAGAGAUUUCGUGAACGUCAUAAUAUUAAAUUGAGGCCAGGCGACAAGUCUGAUGAUGAGGAUGGAGAUGAAAAUCCGCUUUUAAAUACAAACAAUGGCCUUGAAGUACUUCAUAGUGAUUUUCUAAAUCACGGUCUAGAACUUGCACGACAAUUGGGUGAACAUUUUCAACAAUGUGAUCCUGAUAAGGAACGUGCUGCAAAUUUUCGCCGGCAACUGGAAUUACUAAUGGCUCCCUAUAAAGAUAUGUAUAGAAAUAUAUCACUAAAUCAAACAGAAUAUUCAGAAUUUUCUUCUAUUAACGAUUUCGAUCCAGUAUCUGUAAAAGAGGAGGCUAAUGAUUAUAAAGAAGAAGAAGAGGAACGAGAGCUAAUAGAAAUACAAGAAAUAAAACUUGAGCCAACAAAAUAAAUCUGUCCUGGUUCCGCAAGGAAUUUAUUGAUAUAAAUUAAACUAACCAUGAAAUGGACUAAUAGAGUAAUUUAAGGUUCUCAUUAUCUAACACUCGGAGCACACACCACAGUUGAACAGUACUUACCGGUAUAAAAUGUAUAUAUAGGCAUAUAAAAUAUACAAAAUAUGUUGUGUUUUGUUGAAGAAACUCACAUCAUAACAACUGCUAUGAGAAUAUAGUAAAAAUUAAUUUAUUUCUGUAUUUUUUUUUUAAUAUUUUACACAUAUUAAUGUCAACAAGUGCUGAUGCAUCUACCGGUAUUAUUCUAGCAUGUUUUUCACAAUUGCCUUUGUGUCAAUGUGUAAAAGGAAGGCGGAGAGAGUUGCUUUGACUGAGAACACAUUUGAGCAGUGUUGCCGUUUAAUAUUUUUCGCCUAAAAUAAUGGUAAAAAUUUUGAAGUUGAAAGAGUAUACUCUGAAAUUAUAAAAAAUUACACUAUUUUGCAGAAUAAAAUUGUUUGCGAAAAAAAAAACUUUUUGUUAUUCUCUCAAAAGCAUUUUUAAAAUGUUAGUAAGAAUAACAAAAAUGCAGUUAAAAAACCUUAAUACUUUUUAUCAUGAGAUAAAGAAAACCUUUAUACAUAAAAGUACUUCGAUUCAUUUUACGAAGAAGUUCCAUAUUAAACUACAAAAUCCAGUGAAUUAAAUUAAAAUAACAUUAAAUGGGCCAAUACGGGAAAGUAGAUUAAUACUCCCUCCUUUCCAUGAUGGAGGGCAUAAAAAUACAAAAAAGACAAAAAUGACACAAGUAAAACCAAAAAUGCCCAAAAUCCGCCCAACUAAAAAUUGUACAUAUUUUAUGAACUCUUUUGGUCAUAAAUGCCCACUUUCGGCAACACUGUAUGCGAGGGCUCUCUCCCUCUCUCUUUGUGAGCGAGAGAAAAAGUUAUCCACCAAGACGAAUAUGUUUUGUUUUAGUACGAUUCCGAACAUUCACAUUUUCGCAUUCACGACAUUGGGAACACUGUUAUCGACGUCUGGGUCUUAACCAUUUGCUAUUUCUUUUAUUAGCUUCAUUUGUAGUAUGUUUAAAUUUGCCUACUUACCAUCAUUAAAUAAUUCAUUUAAAAGUUAAAUAUCUUAGGCAUCUGUAUUUAGCUUAGAGUUCUCUUCCA